AUGGGUCUGCUAUCUCGUCACCCCCAUAUCUUCAUCCCGCCUUCACUUCUCAUCGGGCCUAGACCCAGCUUCCACCAGGCUACGCUGAGAGGUUGGUUCUCCGUCUCCAUCGGCUACUUCCUCUCUUUCGCCGUGGUGCCCCUGGCUGCGCUACCCGACGCUCUCCGAAGCAGCUUCACCACCCAACCCUUCAGUCACGUCAGGCUGAACGGCAUCGCGCAUCAACUGAGCCAUUUUUCCCUCCUGGACUCACCUCUGUGGCUUCCGAUGCCACCGACUCUGCCCGAAACUCGAUGCAGGCCCGUCGCUCUCCGUCUGAUCUCGACGCCCGAUCCAACUGCUACUGCAUGCUACCACAGAUAA